CCCGCUUUCCUGCCUUCAGAUCCCUGGGGCUCCUGUCCCCACUUCCCCCACCAGUACCUCCCUCCCGUCCCCACUCGGCCCCUGCCUCACACCUCCUCAAGGCCAUGCUUGCCAUCACGUUCCUUUUCUUGCUUGCUCAAGACCUCCUCCAGUACCUGCAGCAGGCCAGGGACGGGCUGAAUGAGGCCACACUGCCGAGUAUGUGAACCAGCAGAUGACUCAGCUCAUUCUGGAGCUGGAGCAGAUGAAGCUGGAGCAGAGUGGUGGGCCUGGGGAGCUCCGCUCAUCUGGCAGUUCUCAGCUCUGACUGGAAUCCUCAUCCUUCUCUUGGCGCUGUGGUUUGGACUCAAGAAAAUUAGAUGUGAUCCAGACAACAGUGGCCACAAGGAGAGGUCCAGCAGCAAGUGGGUGGAGGAAGAAGGACACAUCAUAGCUGCAAAGAAAGAAAGCAACGAUGCAGAUGUGGAAGAGGACAAUAAGGAUGGAAAGGAAGAAGGCAGCAACACUGAUGCAAAGGCAGAAAGCAAUGUUGGACGGGAAGCAAAAGAAGGCUAUGAUGACACAAAGGAAGAACAAGGAUGAGGAAGCAGAGGAAGUCAAUGCUGCCAGAAAGGGAGAAGACAAGGCAAUGCAAACAAAGGAGAUGACAACCACAGCGUCAAAAGGAACCCUGGAAGCCUUUCAGAGGUGUGCAUACAGUUCCCUGCCCUGGAUCUGGACAAAGGCUGCUUGGUGAUUACGGACCUGAUGGACAAACUCACACACAUCUUUGGACAAGGCUUGUUCAACAGCUUCUACCCGAUGCCACAACAAGCCAUCGGAGUGGGCAGAGCCUUUGAAGGCUGGAGUCCCCGUGCACAAGAUGUUGUGUACCACGUGCUCGUGCCCCUGAGUCCCCCUCCAGGACACGCCUUCCACCUGGAGGUGGACACUGUGGGGAUGCUCCAGAGAAAUUUCUGUGUGGAGCUGCUGUGCACCUGCACUAGGGAGAGGCUGGGGUAGGACAUGCUAUGUUUCCUCCACCACCCUGAGGAGGAGCUGAGAAGGAAACAGGACCCCAGCCUCCUGCACACUCUCUGCACUGGCUCCUAUCUAGAUGUGGAGAAAACUGUCCAUUGGUUCUAUCGAUUCCUGAGAGUAGCCUGGAUGUUUUUGCCUCAGUCCCGCCACUGGUGUUUAAUGCUGCAGCCCUGCAGCUACUCCUGUAAAUUUCACCUAAGCAAAGACAAGGAAAGCUUCACGGUUGAAGUGAUCUUUGGAGUGCGGCGAGGAGACUCAGAUAUCUUUGUGGACAGCCAGCCUGCAGAAGUAGGCGUCCCAAGCACAACGUGGCUUGAGACUUAUGCCGUGGCAGAGGCAAAAUCCUUCAAGCACGAGGCAAAAUCCUUCAAGCACAUUUCCAGGCAUGCCCCCCAGGACAGCUGGCACUGUAAGUUCCUGCAGCUCCUCAGCAGCAUCCUGACAGGUGUACAUUUUUCCAGCUAUGCCCUGAAGACCACGGUGAUGCACCUCCUGAACACCGCACCCCUGAUACAGUGGCGCAGGAGGGAUUUCCGGCAGCGACUAAUGGAUAUCCUGAAGUACCUCCGCUGCUCACUGGACGCGAAACAACUCAACCACUUUGUCAUAGGCAACAAGAGGCUUCCUGAGGAGAUCAGUUUGCCCUCCAACUUACGUGUGGCUCAACCACCCAACCACUUCCAGCACCUGGCCAGCAACCUGGAUGCCCACACCAAGGCUGUACGUUCGCCUGCUGCAUCGGCUCAAACAGCUGCUGAUGCACAGCCAUUGAAAGAGAUCCUCGGGCACAGAGCUGUGCUUGAGGGGCCUCUUGACAGACCCUGUAUAUAUUAACCUCCCAUAGUUAGUGCAUUUAUGAAAUCUAUUAGUACCCUGUACUUAGUGAUUUUGCUACACUUACUAAUGCCCCCUAAAUUAUUGAAUUUACUACAUAUAUUAGGACCCUCUAGUUAGUGCUUUUACUAUAUAUAUUAACACACUCUAGUUAGAGAAUUUACUGUAUAUGUUAGGACUCUCUAGGUAGUGCUUUUACUCCAUAUAUUAAUACCCUCCAGCUAAUGCAUUCAGCAAUCCCAAAUCUUCUUUUUUACUGUUUCAAUAAAUUGGACUAUUCCAGUAUCUGGAUGGUGCAAGCUUUCCUUGAACUCGACCAGACCUAGAGUAUUUGUAAAUGCCACUCGCUGUGAAUCUGUGGCUGGCUGGGGGUAGGCACUCUUAUUAGCAAGCCUUUUUUAAUAAACGCACACAAUUCUCACUCCCUACUGCUUACAGCCUGUCAUUGCACAGGCUGUCCAUGUCUCCCUUGCUUACAAGCUCAUGUUUACUUUGCAUAGCUGCCUCUUCUGCCUCAAGCUGGGGAGAAGGAUACCAUACCCAGGUCCUAUGACCUGGUGUGGUAACUCAGUCUGUGAAGUUUCGAUGCUAGCAUAGGCAAGACCAGAACAUAGAGAGAUAAAGUG